AUGCGUACUAUAAUGCGUGUCAGAAGAAUGCCUCGACGUGGAAUUGUGCUGAGUCUUUCCGCGAACGGUACCGCUAGACUGAUAUUCCGUGGGGAUCGCUCAGGAUUUGCGGGUAUGCUCGAAACCGAUGGCGGCGAAACCUUCUCUGUCUCCGGUAAACUUACGAAAGACAGUCCCGACCCAAGUUCAUCGUCUGAGCCUUAUAUCAUGGACAUUUUAAUAGUCGAAGGCGAUACUGGCUCGUCAUUCAAGCUGGACCAUGUCGAAGUAUUUGCUGACGGACCCAAGGUUACAAUCAGAAACCCUGCCAUCAGCUUUUCGACGACCAAGCGGUUUAUCGGAGCAAAGGCAGAUGUUGUUAUUCAUCAGUAUUUGAAGCCCGGUAUGAUUGACGACGAUGACAAGGAAGUAUUCGUCGGACCAAUGGAGCUUUGCAUCCUAGCCAAAGAAAUUUUCAAGGAGAGCAUACGACGCGAGUCCGUAUGUGAACAAGACGUUAUUUUGGAACAAUCUGAUGACUUUCUCGCUUAG